AUGUACGAUUCAUCUCCGUUAACGGUUUUCGCGCCUUCUAACGAUGCGCUCCUCUCGCUCUCCCCUGCCGCGCUCGCGGGUCUACAGUCCUCCGAUAACCGCGAGGCUUUACGCAAAAUACUCAUGUUUCACUUUAUCCCCGCUAAAGUAUCUCCGUUUGAGUGGAACGGCUGGAAACCGACCCUCCUGGGCUCACCCGUGGAGCUGCAGAUGGGCUCAGACACUUUCUCCGUCGCCAAUGUGACUGUAACGACAGCAAAUGCGAUCAACACGAAGAAGUAUGACGUUUACACGAUCUCGAACCUUCUUUUCCCGCCACAGUUUGUGGUCAGCGACGGAGGCGACGAAUUAGGUUCGGCAAACGCCGAGCCUGCGGUAAGGAGGAGCACGCCGAUUCUUUCGCGGCACGGCGUUCGGCGGGACUCGUUCCGAGAUUCUGUCUUUGACGAUGAUUCGCAGGAGGCUGUGUUCACCGACCCGCACGAGGUUCGCGACAGCAUUGACGGCCGUAGGCUCGCUCGGAGGCAGUUUUACGCGAGGCCACGCCAUGCCGCCGGUUCUGAUGGCGGGAACGACCAGGCGGAGGGCAGAAGCUCAGGGAAUUACGAGGAUGGGAGUGAGAGCGGUUACGAAGUGUGGCAGGAUCAGGAGAGCGCGGUCGAUAUGGAUGACGAGGGAAUGGCGGACGUGCGCCGCGCGCUGGCGGAGGACGCCGCGGACGUGGCUCCGCGUUGGGGGCAGGGGAGCGGGGGAGGCGGUGGAGCGGGGGAGGCAGGCGGGGAUGCAGCGCGGCGGUCGGCGCUGCUGGAGCAGAUGCUGUCCGCCAAUCUACGCCUCUCCGCCUUCGCACAGGGCUCUGACCCAGCUCCUGAACCCACCUUUAUACCGUACACUGCAGACGUCUCUCCAGGCAGCAAGAUCAACAACACCAACUAUGACCCUGAGUCUGCAGCAGCCGCUAUAGCAGCAGGAGCCAUGGCAGGCGCAGGGGCAGGAGCAGCAGCGGCAGGAAACCACAUCCACUCGAUAAUCGUGGGCGGCACGUCGGACACGCCCCUGCUGUGCCACCAGUACCCCCUCUUCCUCAUCAAGCAGGUCACCGAGAAUUUCUCCGAGACCAGGAGGAUUGGGAGUGGCGGGUACGCGGACGUUCUGCUCUCUCCUUUCAGAGGAUUCAGUGCAAGAGCCCCACCCAACACCCCCACCUCACGCCCUCAGAUCCACGAGAUGGCAUCGAAGCACCACCCGAACCUAGUGCGGCUGCUGGGGUUCUGUCUGGACAUGGAUGUGGUGAACGAGCGCACUGAGCAAAUAUUAAUCUACGAGUACAUGCUCAACGGGGACCUCGAGACCUGGGUGGGGCCAGGUGAGCCCUUGAGAGAGACAAUGAGUGGGGGAACAGGUGAGACCUGGGUGGGGCCAGGUGAGCGGCAGUAA